AUGGCUGUUCCUGUUAAAACUCUGAAAAGGUACAUCUCCGAGAGGCAAUCCUCGUUUGAUGACUUGGCUAGGCUGAUAGAAGAAGACCACGAAUUUGACCAAAUAGAUGGUGGAGUACAGCAGGCUAUUACACAACCUCUGAUAGAGAGAUAUUACCAGUACUUGCUUGGUAGGAAUAGUCAAACUGAGGCCAAUACAACGGCUGAGGAAGAACCAUCAGAACCAUUAGAACCUAUCCUUGACUAUGCAUUUGACCGAGCUACCAAAGAGAAGCUGAAGACCACCAGCGCAGAAUCUCUAGUAUCAGAAGACACACCUACAGAUCCUUUGAAGUCUGAAAAUAUACCUCAACUGUAUAGAGAUGAUGAUGAGGAACCUGAAGAGCUGCAUGAAAAUUCUGUAUCUGAGAGCAACCCUAGCAACGAACAAUCCGAAAUAUCAUAUUUGGAGUCCUUAAAACAAUAUUACGAUUCAACAAAAAGAACUCUUUAUAACACCUUCAUUGGGAACUAUGAUAAAAAUGUUCUUAUAGACAGAUAUCUGCGUAAGAAGAAGCUCGCCCAAUCCUAUGAAGAAUGGAAAUAUGCCUGUUUGAAGCUGGAUUCUUUAACGAAUACCAACGAAUGGAAAGAAGAACAGGAAUCAACAUUGUAUGACUAUACACUUAUAAAAACUGUUACGAAUAAAAUGAGAGAGUUGAGACUACAGAAUGAUUAUUUGGGAUUGCUAUAUGUAAUAAGGACAAAUUGGGUUAGAAACCUAGGUAAUAUGGGAAAUGUAAACUUAUACCGCCACUCUCAUGUGGGAACCAAGCUACUAAUAGACCAUUACAUAACAGAGUCAAAGCUUUGUUUAGAAGCGUUAUUACAGUCAGACCUGGAUGAUAAUUAUUUACUUGGAAUUUUGCAACAGACCCGAAGAAAUAUAGGUAGGACAGCUCUAGUGUUGAGCGGAGGAGGCAGUUUUGGGUUGUUUCAUAUCGGUGUACUGGCUACAUUGUUUGAAUUAGAUUUAUUACCAAGAGUUAUUAGCGGUAGUAGUGCAGGCGCUAUUGUUGCAAGUAUUUUGUGCGUCCGCCAUAAAGAAGAAAUACCCGAACUUCUACAAAAAGUUGCCUCAAAAGACUUUAAUAUAUUUAAUGAUGAUAAACAAAAAACUGAGAGUGAAAAUCUAUUAAUAAAAAUAUCCAGGUUUUUUAAAAAUGGUACUUGGUUUGAUAAUAAGCAACUGGCUAACACAGUUAUAGAGUUCUUAGGUGACAUGACAUUCAGAGAGGCAUAUAAUAGAACGGGUAAAAUUCUGAACAUCACAGUCUCCCCAGCGACAAUGUUCGAGCAACCCAGGUUAUUGAAUAAUUUAACGGCACCGAACGUCUUGAUUUGGUCCGCUGUUUGUGCUUCAUGCUCAUUACCAGGUAUAUUUCCAUCAAGCCCAUUAUAUGAAAAAGACCCAAUUACAUCGGAGGUCAGAGAAUGGUCAGGAAGUGCAUCUGUUCGUUUUGUGGACGGUUCAGUAGAUAAUGAUUUACCAAUAUCAAGAUUAUCUGAAAUGUUUAACAUAGACCACAUCAUCGCAUGCCAAGUUAACAUACACGUUUUUCCAUUUUUGAAGCUUUCUUUGUCGUGUGUUGGAGGUGAAAUUGAAGAUGAAUUUAGUGCAAGACUGAAGCAAAAUUUAUCACAUAUCUACAAAUUUGUUUCAAAUGAGAUGAUUCACUUGUUUGAGUUAGGUAGUGAAUUAGGUAUUGCCAAAAAUUUGUUACUAAAGUUACGAUCUGUACUUUCUCAACAAUAUUCUGGGGAUAUCACUAUUUUACCCGAUAUGAUGACUCUGUACAGGAUAAAUGAGCUGCUAUGUAAUCCAACGAAGGAGUUCAUUUUACGUGAGAUCACUAAUGGCGCCCAAGCCACCUGGCCAAAAAUUUCAAUUAUCCAAAAUCACUGUGGCCAGGAGUUUGCUCUUGAUAAGGCUAUUUCAUUCAUUAAGGGUAGGAUGAUUGUAUCCUCAUCAACCAAAUCACCGUUGCAAUUUUUUGACGCCCCUAUUGGACUAAUUCAAAAUAAUAUUCAGAAGGAGACUAACGGAUAUUCACAUGUUUUAGAUGACAAUCUUUUGGAGUCUGAGUCCGCCAAAUCACUUUCAUUACUCUCAGAAAAGAAUACAACACAUCAAUUGCAUUCAACCGAAAACUUAUCUUUAUACUCAACACCAAUGUCAGCAAGACAUAGGAGGAGAACAUCCGAUGUUUCCAUUAGAGCCAUUGCCAAAAAUAAGUCCAAAUCAUUUUCUGUAACUUCACCAAGCUCAAUGAUUCUCAAAGGGAAUCGCAACUACUCCAACAAUUCCCAAAUCAAUAGAGUAGAUCUAGCAGAAAAGGAAUCGAACGAAUGUCACAGAUCUGGUGAUUAUAAAUUUAGUAGAAACAAAAAUGUUGGUUUCCAAAUAAAUGUGAAUAAGGUUGUAGAGACACCGAGGAGCACGCAAACUUCCAGCCAAUCUACAUCUGUAGGUGGUUCACCUCGAAUGGAGAGACAGGAAUACUUCAGGAAGUCAGGCCGUAGAAUACUAAACAGUAACCGACCUGCGAAAAUUUUAAGAAGUAGAAGUAGCAGUGCAUCCUUUGGCGAAUCUUCUGUAAGCCUGAGCCGAUAG